AUGCCGCCGCCAUGUUUCUGCCAAGAUUGUGCGUCCUUAAUCGAGCCGCACAUCAAGCAGAAGGGCAUCGUGUCUGAUGGAGCUCUCCAACUAGCGAGGAAAUGCUGGGAGUGGAUGGACUCUCACAUCGAGGGCAAUCCUGCAGAACGGACGGCUCUGAUGAGAUGCUUUUCGCACAACGACAAAGGCGAACCUGCCAUGGAACUGUACGAGCUACUCGGAGGAUGUCACUCUCUUGUUAGUAGCAACCCAAAGGACAAGAUCUAUGCUUUCCUGGGCAUGGCCAAAGACCGACAACAGCUUGGCAUUACGCCUCAGUAUUCCCUAACGGACCGACAGGUUUACAUUGACACAGCUGCUCGCAUACUUAAAAAUGCCCAUAGUCUCUACUUGCUGUCUGACGUCCUCCCUAGCAAGGCUAUCGAUCUACCGAAUUGGGUUCCUGACUGGUCAUCUCGUAACUUUGAUGACGGCAACACCGUCGUCUAUGCUUCGAUCACCCAUGGUGAAGAGCAGUACCAAGCAGACGGGCAUCAAUGUGCUCAAGUCAGAUUCAACAACGACGACACCGAAUUCACUACCCAAGGCAUUAUAUUCGACCAACUAUGCUUGAUCCUUCCCGCCGACAACUGCGGACAGCACAACCCAACUUAUCCCGAGGUGGUAGAGUCUUCUUCGGCCGCCGAAGAGACUUUCUACGCGUUGAUCGGCAAUGUCCAAACCAUUCUCGAGAGUGUGUGCGAGAGACUGGGUGUGAAUGCCUACCUAGGAAAAGGCGGCAUGAAGGAGGCCUUUUGGAGGACACUGGUUCUAAACAGUAGUGACUUGGGGAAUAAGGAAGCAAGACCCGAAUAUGAGAGCUACUAUGACGCUCAGGUCGAGCUCCAAGGGGCCAGAUUCAUGGAAGAGUGCGGCCACAAGGUGCCUGGCGUGGAUGAGGAGGUCAUCGUCAAGGCCAUUCGUUUCGCCAACGCUAUGAAGCGUACAUCACAUCUUCGCCCUAUCGGGUUGACUUGGAGAGGAUAUAUCGGCUCAGUACCAAAGAACUCUCGGGUGAAUGAUGAGGUUUGCAUAUUACGCGGCGGACGAGCCCCCUUCAUCCUUCGGCGACUAGACCAAGGUUCAAGAUUCUCGUUGGCGAUGCCUAUGUCCAUGGCAUCAUGA